CAGCAUCUCCAUUGGUUGGAGUGUACUUUUCUCUUCCAUUCCUCUCCUCAAAUUCACUCUUCUGUCUCUCCACAAAUCUCAUCUCUUUGACUCUCCCAUUUCUCGUACUACACCCCUCCGCCACUGUUUCUUUUUCUCUUUAACAAUGUCUGUCUUCCCUUCCUCUAAACCCGCCGCUACCACAACCGCCGCCCCGCCCCCCGCCAACGGCGCCACUGCCGGACCCCCAGCUGCUACAACAACUGCAACCAACGGUGGAGCAACAAAAUCCAAUCUCUACAACCCCACUUCUCGCCAACCUUACCGUCAGCCUUACAACCGCCGUCACCACCACCGUCCCCGCCGAAACUACUGCUGCUGCUGCUGUUUCUGGACCAUCCUCAUCAUCCUUAUCCUUGCCCUUUUAGUUGCCAUAGCUGGUUCCAUCCUUUACGUCCUUUACCGCCCUCACCGCCCUUCUUUCACCCUCGCUUCCCUCCGUGUCCACCGCUUAAACCUAACGACCACCGCCGAUUCCGCCUCCUCCCAUCUCUCAACCCUUUUCAACUUAACCCUUUCUUCCAAAAACCCAAAUUCCCACCUCACCUUCACUUACGACCCAUUCACCCUCUCAUGCGUUACAAGUAACAACGAUGUGUUUAUAGGCAACGGCACAUUGCCGGCGUUCAUCAGUAACAGCAAAAACGAGACAACAUUCAAGGGAGUUGUAAUAACGACAUCAAGUGAUCUAGAUGCCGACACCGUCAACAACUUGAGACCCGAUCUGAAAAAGAAAAAUGGGAUCCCGUUGAAAAUUGAGAUGGAUACUAAAGUGACAGUGAAAAUGGAUGGAUUGAAGAGCAAGAAAGUGGGGAUUAGAGUUACGUGUGAUGACAUUAAAGGGACUGUGCCGAAAGGUAAGUCACCGUCGGUGGCCAAUGUUUCAGGGUCCAAGUGUAAGGUCGAUCUUCGGAUCAAGAUCUGGAAAUGGACUUUUUGAGACCACAAAAUUUCUCAAUUUAGUACCUUUAAUUCCAUUUGUUUUUAGGUCAAUUUGCGGUUUUGGUCAUUCUAUUAUGCUCAAAUUCAGAAUUUAGUCAUUAUAUUUUAAUUUAACAUAAUUCUAUCCCUUUACUUUUAUAAUA